AUGUUAGUUGAAGAAUCUUUAAAAGAUUCUGAUAUGCUAUUUAUGAUUGAAGAAAAUACAACACAAUUAGAUAAGAAUAAAGAAUUAUCAAAUUUUAAAAGUAUUUGUUCAGAUCUUGAAGACAUUCAAGGAGCAACUAUUGAUAAUACUCUAUAUAGUAUUUAA